AUGUCGCCCAGAGCCUCUGCAGACACGACUUCCCCUGAAAGUAGUGGUCAAGGAACCACAGGAGUGAAGGAAAUCAAGGAAGAAGACAUAGGGAGCAAGAAUGAAGGGAAUGCAUUCGAGGUAUUCUGGGAUGAUCCUCCUGAUCAAGACCCUGCCAACCCGAUGAAUUGGAGCAACGCGCGCAAAUGGACCAUUGUUGCGAUCGUCUCCUUCAUUACCUUUCUGACUCCUCUUGCAUCUUCAAUGUUCGCUCCUGGUGUCCCGCAGGUCAUGGCUGAUUUCGGUGUCAACUCUGUUCUCAUUGCGACUUUUAUAGUCUCGAUCUAUAUCCUGGGAUUUGCAUUUGGGCCUCUAGUUGUUGCACCACUAAGCGAACAUUAUGGUCGAGCGAUCGUCUACAAUACCUGCAACGUCCUGUUCCUGAUUUUCAACAUCGCUAGCGCCGUUGCUCCAAAUCUGGCGUCACUGAUUGUUUUCCGAUUUCUUUGUGGAUUCGCUGGCGUGACACCCACAACCUUGGGCAGUGGCACGAUUGCAGAUCUUAUACCGCCGCAGAGCCGAGGCAAAGCAAUGGCUUUGUGGUCUCUAGGGCCGCUUUUUGGUCCCAUCAUUGGCCCCGUUGCUGGUGGGUUCCUAGUCGAGGCAACGAGUUGGAGAUGGGUGUUCUGGGUGCUUUCAAUAGCGGGUGGUGCUUCAUCCAUUGUUUUCUUCUUUGCAGUUCCCGAAACGUAUGUCCCCAUCCUCCUGGAACGAAAGGCGGCUCGACUGCGAAAAACAACGGGGAACGAGUCCUACACAUCUCGCUUGAGCUCUGGCGCUUCUCCCAAAGAACUCUUCUUGAGAAGCUUGGUACGGCCAACCAAGAUGCUGUUGUUCUCACCCAUCGUGGCGUCGUUGUCCAUCUAUAUCGCAGUUCUUUACGGCCUUCUUUAUAUCCUUUUCACAACCUUCACCGAAGUUUUCGAGGGUCAAUAUGGGUUUACCGCUGGAACAAGUGGCCUUUCAUUUUUGGGCAGCGGCGUUGGUAUGCUCGCGGGCCUCGCAUAUAGUGCAUACUUUAGCGAUCGUGGGAUCAGAUUAAAGAUCCAGCGACAGGAAACCCUCCAACCAGAGGACCGACUCCCGUCUUACAUGACAAUUCCUGGUGCUCUGUCCGUCCCCAUUGGACUUUUUAUCUAUGGUUGGUCAACAGAUAAACACGUCCACUGGAUUGUCCCUGAGAUUGGAAAUGCCGUCACUGGAUACGGAAUGAUUAUCAUACUUAUGUGUGUCCAGACCUAUUUGGUCGACGCAUUUACUGCUCACGCUGCCAGCGCAAUUGCAGCGUGUACCGUUCUACGCAGUCUCAUGGGAGGUCUCCUGCCUCUGUGUGGGUUGAAACUAUACGACGCAAUUGGCUUGGGAUGGGGUAACAGUUUAUUGGCAUUCAUCGCUCUUGGAAUUGCGCCAAUUCCGAUUAUGUUCCAGCUUUUUGGAGAGAAGCUUCGGAAUUAUAGUAAAAUUUCUAUUUAG